AUGAACGGUAUCGAAGAGACCUUGGAGCAUGCCCUUUGGGCACCGCCCGUCUACGACAUGAGUCGCAGCCCACGGAAGUUGUAUGCUACCCAUUUGCCACAAAGCCAGGUCGACGGCGGCCGCGAUAGCUUCACUGUCUUUGCUCGCAUGGCCAAAUGGUGUCCCGACGGCUCAGUCGCGCUCGCUCAAUGCGAAGAUGCGUCAUUCAGACCUACAGAAAUGCUCGGCAUCUGUAGAGAUGCCGUGCUUCCGUCUUCCCUGCCUGCGUGCUUGAGGCAAUCGGCUCCCAUCCUCGAUUACGCAUGGUAUCCCACCGCCCAUUCACGAGACCCAGCUUGCUUCUGCUUUGUGGCGUCAGUACGCGAGUGCCCGGUGAAGCUACUGAACGCAUCUGAUGGAAACCUUCGCGCUUCAUAUCGCAUAGUCGAUCACCGUGAGCGACAUAUUGCGCCGCACAGCGUGGCGUUCAACAUCGGUGCCAAUAAACUCUAUUGCGGCUUCGAGGACGCGAUAGAAGUUUUCGACGUGCAGCGUCCCGGAGAAGGCAUCCGAUUGCGCACGACGCCUUCGAAGAAAAGUAGAGACGGUCUCAAAGGCAAGUUUUCCCGCAUGUCGAUAACCCUGGGAGCGCAGACGUACUCAGAGCGAUGCUUAUCGGUAGGAAUCGUAUCGGCGCUAGCGUUCGCGCCAGACGUGGCAUCCGAUCUCUACGCUGCGGGUACUCUCAGCCCCUCCUCACCCACUGCCUCCAACAUCGCGAUUUUCUCUGAGGCUCAUGGAGGAGUCCCUCUCACGUUUGUUGGAGCCGAGGAUCUGCAAUCAAGCGGUGGAGCGGGAUAUGGGGUGCGGGCUAGCGUUUCUCAGUUGAUGUUCAAUCCCGGGAGACCUUACUUGCUAUACGCGUCCUUCAGACGCAUGGACGAGAUUUAUUGUUGGGAUCUGAGAGGCGACAUGUGCCGCCCGAUAGAGGUCUUCAGCACGCAGGCCACGCAGCUGAUCAGCGGGAGAACUCCGAGGUCCCUGACAAACCAGAGGCUCCGCUUUGACAUAGACUACGCGGGGAAGUGGCUCGCCGUUGGGGACACAGAGGGUACCAUCUUCGUGUUCGAUCUCGCCCCACGAAGCGAUACAGUUGUGAGUGCGAACAGCAAAGUUGGCCCUACUCCAAGCACACUGCCAGUGCCACGAACUUUGCCCACUAUGCGGUAUCAUGCUCAUGACGAUGCGAUAGGCUCUGUAGCGUUUCAUCCGCUCCGGUCUUUACUGCUGUCAGUGUCAGGGUCACGUCAUUUUGACAGUGAUUCAAGUCCAGUAUCAUCGUCUGCCUCAGGCUCCGAAGAGGAAAUAGACGACGGUGAACUCAUAGAACAAGCGGAAACACCACCAAGGACACGUGCCGUGUCAAGGCGUCGCACUAUACCACAGCCGACUGCAUCAGACACCACGAUCAGCUUGUGGAGUUGCCCGCCGGAGAUGCAGAGCGAAACGUAG